AUGGACUUGGCUGUCCACGGCCUACACAUGGUCGACUCGUCCCAUCUCUAUCCCGGGUACAAGCCAAGACGAAGGAACGUUGCUGCCCCCCACUAUCAAGUUCAUCAAGGAUCAGCAAAUAAGAUGUCGUCGUCGUCGUCGUCGUCGUCGUCGUCGUCGUCGUCAACACCAUUCCCAUCACCGACACAACUUCCUCCUCCUCCUCCGUCCUGGAUGAACAAUCCGUCAGAUUUAAAUUCUUCCUCCCCCUCUGAGAAAGUCCCGAGGAGAUGGGGGGUGCAGUCCUACCCGAGUUUGAAGCAACGGGUACGUGAGGAACGGGAUGUAAAGGAUGUACGGAGGUUUCCGGGUGCCAAGGGGGGAAGGAUGGAUAGUGCUCGGCUUCAAAUUGGGAGUGGGUACAACGAUGAAGAUGGAGAUGUUGAGAUGGUAGACAUGGAUGUAUCGUCGGGUAGUGGGAGUCACUAUAACUGGAAGGAUGCACGGGAAUUUGAGAGGGGGUAUGAUGGGGAUACGGAGAUGGGGGAUGCGCACAUGCCGCCGCUACCACGGCUGUCGUUGUCGUCAUCGCAUGAGGUAAAGGAGGCAAAGGAGGCAAGUUGUUUUGGAAGUAAUGGAAGUAAUGGUGGCUUUGGGGGGAGGAGGAAGGGGAGUGAAAUGCCGGUGAAUAAGAAGAGGGCGAGAUGCAGUGAUCAAAUGGAUGAAGAAGAGGAAAAGGGAGAAUAUAAGCGAAUGAGGAGCUCGUAUAACAAUCUUGGGGACAGAUUCCGUAGGUAG